AGAAGUCCAGUCAGGGUUGCCUCAACAUUUGUGGGCUUAAAGCUAGUAGAUACAGUGAUUGUUAUCGUCAUGGACACCCGUGAUAAAGGUGUCUUUCUUACCGGUGGUGCACAAGGCCUGGGGCGUGGUAUCGUGGUAAAGUUACUGUCGCUGGGAGCAAAGGUGUUCUUCGUCGAUGUCGAUGUUGAGAGAGGGAAGGCCACACAGGUCGAGCUACAAACACAAUAUGGCGCCGACGUCGUCUUCUUCCAGCCGGCCGACGUCUCUGAUGGCGAGCAGCACAAAGCGGCGUUUGAUGCGGCGGUGUCCACGCUGGGAGCCGUGGAGAUCUGCGUCAACAACGCCGGGAUAAUGGCGGAGGACAAGUGGGAGAAAGUGCUGGCCGUUAAUGCGGGGUCACACAUCCGGGGCAGUCUGCUAGCUCUGGAGCACAUGCGCCGUGACCGCGGAGGUCGUGGUGGAGUCAUCAUUAACGUGGCCUCUCUGGCAGCAUUAUACCCGAAAUCCAUUUGUCCCAGCUACACUGCAUCAAAACAUGCUGUGAUUGGUUUCACCACCAGCUGGGCGAUGAAUCCUGACCAUAAAGACCAUGGUGUACGGUGGUGCUGCCUGUGUCCUGCAACCUUCCAAAGCGGAAUGGUAGACUUGAAGCGUCUGGGUGACCUGGACACAGACACCAUUGCGGAGAUUUUACAAAAGCAGGGCUUUGUGGAAAUUUCCCAGGUAGUAGAGGGAGUCAUGAAACUAAUGCGAGAUCCAGAUAACAACGGAGCCAUCUUGGAAGUGUCCCUUGAGAAGGGGGCUCGUUACCGGCGAAGACAGGUUGUAGACCGUGAUGGUGUUUCUGACCUCGUGGUGGUGGACACGUACUGAGGAACUUUUGCUAGGUCCCACGUUUACCGACAGACGUGUAUAAUACCGUGAAGAACUUCUCUGUAAGAAGUCAAAGAGAGAGUUGUACUUUUUGUGUCAAAUGUAGAUUGAAAUCUUUCAGUCAAGUUUGUUUUAUUUAUUCAUCCAUAUAUACUGACAUACAAAAAUGCUCUGCAGCAUGCAUACAUAGUUUAUAUAUAAAAAUAUAAGUUUAUUGCUAUUCAGAAUGCUAUACCUAUAAGCUGUGUAUUUUGUUUGUUUUUGUAACAAGAAACUUUACAAAAUAUGGUGUAUUUGAUGUUGUAAAUGAUUUUCUCUUAUAAAUACAUUCUGAUUCGACUAUUAAAUUCCCAUUAUUUUUAUGUGAUUCAUUAUUUAAAGUGCCUUGCAUCCACAUCAUACAAAAAUGAAAAAAAUACAUAUUAUGGAAUGAAAAAA